AGAAGCAAUUUCGUAUUGAAAAACAACAAACAUGGAGGCAGCAAACUUAUGUGAUUCAAUUUUCUGUAGGCUUUGUUGCGAAGAAAAUGAAAAUGGUAUCAAUUUAUUUACAUCUGACGAAGAAAAAGGAGAUUUAACUAGCUUGAUAAACAGAUAUCUGCCAAUAAAGAUAGAAAAUGACGAUCGCUACCCGAAAUCGAUAUGUCCUGGAUGUCAUAUUCAAUUGGAAGCCACAAAGUCAUUUUUGGAUCUUGUUAUAGAAGGGCAGUCAAAACUAAGGAAUUUGCUGAGAAACCAAGAACUCCUUAACCGUGAAGAAUAUAAGAGGUUGCAGCUGGAAAAGGUCCUCCACACACACAAUCCAAAUGCUACUGUGGAAACUUAUACAAUUCAAACAGAUAGCAAUGGCGAAAAAUAUAUUAUACAAAUUUACAGUGAAGGUCCGUUGUUCCCUGCUGACCAUGAGCUGUCGCUAAAAGCUGAAGGUCUAGAUAAACCAAGACGUAAAAGAGGACGACCACCAAAAGCUCAAAAAGUUGUUCCUAAGGAGGAUACAGUAAAUAAAGAAAUCCUUAAAAAAGAUGAUGGUGUGGAUGAUUCUGAUGGUAGAAGAAGGAGGAAAAUAAAAACUCCUUUCAGAUAUGAUGGAGUUGUGCAAGGGGAAGAGCUGGACAAUAUUUUAAAAAAAGAAGGAGUAAUAGAUGAGGAUGAUAUAUCAGAGGAAUCAAGUGGUGCAACACAAAAAUCUGAAGGUGUUAUUAUUGGGCGGGAGGUUUUAAAAAAUGGUGAUGGGCUAGGAAAACCAAUAUUUCGCAAUAAGAAACUUAACUCUAAAGGAUCAAGGAGGAAGUUUAAAUGCAAUAUUUGCAAGAAGGAGUUCUUACACUAUGGAAGAUAUGAAUUGCAUAGGAAGAACCACAAAAUUAAAUAUGUGUGUAAAAACACUGAAUGUAAUUUUGAAAGUAACAGGAAAGAGGCUUUAGUUCAGCACCAAAGUGAAACAGGGCAUAGUGAUAUGUCCAUUAUGGAAGAAGCUAAGUCAGCGGGAGGUUUGGUUAUUCUUCCGGACGAUGCUGCCAAUGCACCUCAACCUACAGAAUCUAACGUCGAAAGCCCCAUUAAGUGCGACAAAUGUAACAAAACCUUUAGCUGCAAACAAAACUACCAGGUGCAUUUAAAGGCGAUCCACAACCGGGUAAAGACCUUUCAGUGUACUUACUGCAACAGAGCGUUCUGUUACGCCAACAGUUUAAAAAUACACACGCUCAGGCACGAGAAUUCCAACAGCUCUGGCAAAUUUAAACACGAGUAUAGUUGCGACAAGUGCGAGAAGUUCUUCCACCACCCGAGUAGCUUGUUUUACCACAAAGAGACGGUGCAUAGCAAACAUUUGUUCAUGUGCAGCAAGUGCGACAAAACUUUCAGACAUCGGCAACUGUUGCACAAGCAUCAACUCGUGCAUACGGACGAGCGCCCGUUUCAAUGUACCGAGUGUCCGUUGGCUUUCAAAACCAAACCGAACCUUUUCAACCACCAAUCUGUCCAUACCGGGAUGAAGAAAUACGUUUGCCCGCAGUGCGGUCAAUUUUUCGCCCACAAGACGUCGCUGUCGUUGCAUCAGAGGUGGCACGACGGCGACAAACCCUACGAAUGCGAGGUGUGCCAUAAAUCGUUCUCUCAAAAAGGGAAUUUAAAGGAGCACAGGCGGAUCCACACGGGCGAGAAACCGUAUUGCUGCGACUAUUGCGGUCGCAGCUUCACCACUUCCUCCCAGUAUAAGUUGCACAAGAAGAGACACACCGGGGAUAAACCGUUUCGAUGCACUCACUGUUCGAGAACGUUCUUGCAUAAAGACACGUGGAACUUGCACCUGCGCCGCCACCUGAACAUAAGGCCGUUCAAGUGCAAGCAGUGUCCGAGAAAUUUUGCCGAGGCUUGGGCAUUGAAGCGUCACGAGAGGCUUCAUCUCGCCGAAAAACCUUUCAAAUGCACGCAGUGCGGGAAGAGCUUUGGCGACUCCUCCAACCUCACGAAGCACAAGAAGUUGCACGCGAACGGGGUGAAGAUCCGCAUCGCGGCGAAACCAUUGCUGCCGGACGCGCCCCCAUCGGGUGAACUUGAAAGUUCGGAGGGGGCAGCGCAAGCUCUAGAAAUCAGACAAAUUCUAGAUGACCAGGGAAACGCUAUUAAUUUCGCCACAGCUGACGGACAUCCGAUACCCAUUGUUUCGUCAAACAAUAAAAUACAGGGUCUAAUGCCUGAUGGGACGUUAGUGGAUAUCGAUUUUUUGAGCCAGAACAAGGACACGGAAGAACAAGUCGGUUUGAAUUCAGACACAAACUUGAUUAACACGGAUAUCCAAUUCCUCUCGGAAAAUUCGAAUGUCAAUGAAGGAAGGUUAAAUCAAAAUGGCCCCUUCUUGAGUGAAGAUGGCAAAGUAUGUUUCAUAACGUCUUUUAACGAGAACGCGUUCUUGUUGACGUGAUUGUUGCCAGCCUUAUUGUUGUAGUGUAUUAGCAAAAUAUUAGAGUGUGUUUAAAAAAAAAAAGUUGGUAAUAAAACAAAAACAUUUUUUAUUGCUAAGAUUUAUUUUAAUCAAAAUAAUAUUUUAAAUGGUAAAACA